UUCAGAGCCGUCUUUGAUUCCAAAUAGAUGCAGCCAAGCAGGGCUUGCUUGGAAAGAAGUCCCAGGCAGAGAGGGGAGGAGUAGAGCAGGGCAGGACCGGGCAGGGAAGUGCUGGGGUGGCAGACAGCACAAAAGACCAGUCGGUGAAAAAACAGCAAAAGAAAACUUGAAACAAGUGAAAAAAGAGAUUAAAAACAAAGAAUCGUAAGUUGGUGUUUAAAGGAAAAGUAAGUUGCUGUGAUUGAGGAAGUACAGGAGUGAGCAUGGGGUCAGAGAAGAGUCCCGGAGGGUCCGGUGGAAAGGAAAAGAAGGCCAAGCCUGAAUGGGAAGGCACAGGCUCAGAAGGAGGCCACAAAUGCUGUGGAUGCCGCUUUCCGCUCCUCAUUGCCCUGCUGCAGCUGCUCCUGGGCAUCAGCAUUGCCGUCGUGGCAUUUCUCAUGACCAUCAUCAGCCCUUCUCUGCUUGUCAGGGAGACGCCACAUUGGGCUGGUAUCAUCUUAUGCGUGGUGUCUGUGCUGGGCUUCAUCCUCUAUUGCAUUACCUAUCAGCCUGAUGAGAGGAACUCCAAGCAAUUCAUUUUAAAGCUUCUCUACUUUAUUCUGUGUACAGUGGGGCUAGUCAUCUCCAUCAUAGUCAUUGCUUUCCAAGGCCACCACUACUCCUUGACAAACGCCUUCGAAUGCAAAGAGACAGGCCAGGACUGUGUCUGCAAACUGGACCCAGACGACCCAAUCGCCCGAACCUUCACCUUUGCAGAGGUGACAGACUGCUCUGCCAUCACAAGCACUCUGAUGCUGUACUACCUGCUGCAGAUGGUGCUGAACCUGUUUCAGGCCAUUGUUUGCUUGCUGGGAGCUUUCAUCAUGUGGAAGCACCGCUACCAGGUGUUCUUUGUGGGCCUACAGAUUGGAUCACCCUCCACUAAUCAUUGGCAGAAAGUUUAGGGGUAGAGCUAGGAUCAGAAACUGAGGUUUGGCGAUGGGAUUUCAGCAGCAGUCUGAGUCUCUUGCUAAACAUUAAGUAUGCUUGUGUGAUGGCUUUGUGUGGAUAAGCAAGUAUUUGUUUGAAAAAGCGGGACUGUACUGGGGUGUAUUUUCUAUAAUAUCAUCUGGAUUUUCACUACUGUACCGCACACACAUUUCUUUGUCAUCAGUGCCAAUGUGGAUAUCUUUCUCUAACAAGCAUAAUAUGUGAUCUAAUUAGACACAGCUUGCUCUUUUGUAAUAUACAUUGCUUAGAAUUUUAAAAGACAGAAGGGCUUGAAGGUUAGAAGUUAUAUGCAGUAAUAAAGUGAAAACAAAGUUCACUUAAACUCUAAUAUUAAUCACUCUAACAGGCUAUUAAAUGUAAAAUUUUUCUAUACUUUUCUUUGUUUCCUGCUUAAUAUUUUGUUAAUGUUAAAAAAAGUACCUUUUAAAUACCAUAGAAAAAUUAGCAGAUCCUAUGAGCUGUAUGGCAUCAAACUUGAUGCACCACAGAGCUGGCCUAUGCAACAACUGUGUUAAAAUAUUAUAUAAAAUAUCAUAUUUUUGUCA